AUACAAAUAUAAUUGAUUAUUAACAAUUUGACAAAAACUGUUUUAAAUGAUAAUUAAUCUUUACAAUGGAUAAUUCCAUAAGUGGAACAAAUGGACCGUCUAAAAGAACACGAGGGGCUAGACAGAAAGGAGUCGAUACUGUUACAAAAAAAUUUUUACACAAUUUUGAUCCAGAACAAAGUGAAAGAGAAAAACGGAAAUUGAAUCGUCGCUUACAUCAUGGAAAUAGAAAGACCGUUUUAUAUGAUGAAAAAGGUAUUUAUAUUCCUUCGAGAGAAGAUCUUUGCGAUUGUUUGCAAAAAUCUUGCAUGGGAUGUCACUUUCCUUGUCCAAAAUGCUCUUCCACAAAGUGCGGUCACGAAUGCAGGAAUAAUCGUAAAUGGAUGUAUGAUUCGAUUGAAAAUGAAGGCAGCGAUAAUGUAAUUAAAAACCAGUACAAUACUAAUCAGUGAAUGAAUCAAUGUACAAUAUUGUAAAUUACUUUAAUUGUAUAUUUUUAAGAUAUCACAUUCA